GGCAGGCACCCCCUCUCCGCCAGCCCCAGACGACACAGCCCCGCAGGGUCCGAAUGCGAAGCGGGGGAUGACCCUGGCUGCCCCUACAGCCCCUGGCUGUCCUUACAAGGCUACCCCGGAAGCCGCCGCUCCCGCCGCGUUACACAGUUCCUGCUCCGGGGCCUGCAGACAGGAGCGGCACGCGGGGGCUGAGCGUAGCCGGGGGAACUUGCCCUGUGGCCGGCCCCAGAGAGGCGCUGCUGCUGCUGCAGUUUCGGGGACACGAUGCAGGAUCCCAAUGCGGAUACAGAAUGGAAUGACAUUUUGCGUAAGAAGGGCAUCCUCCCUUCCAAGGAAAAGCCAAAAGAGCAAGAGGAGGCGGUAGAGGAGCAGGAGCAGCAGAGACUUCAGCAGAAGUCUGUUGUGAAAACAUAUGAAGACAUGACUUUGGAGGAGCUAGAAGAAAAUGAAGACGAGUUUAAUGAGGAAGAUGAGCAAGCUAUCAAAAUGUACAGACAGCAAAGGAUAGCAGAAUGGAAAGCAACUCAAAUAAAGAACAAAUUUGGGGAAAUUCUGGAGAUUUCAGGACAGGAUUAUGUUCAGGAAGUUACCAAAGCUGGCAAGGGUAUAUGGGUAAUCCUGCAUCUUUACAAACAAGGAAUUCCCCUCUGUACCUUAAUAAAUCAGCAUUUGAGUGGACUUGCCAGGAAGUUCCCAGAUGUCAAAUUUAUCAAAGCCAUUUCUACAACCUGCAUACCCAACUACCCUGAUAGGAACCUACCUACAAUUUUUACGUACCUUGAAGGAGAUAUCAAGGCCCAGUUUGUUGGGCCCCUGGUGUUUGGUGGCAUGAACCUGACAAGAGACGAACUGGAGUGGAAGAUUUCAGAGUCGGGUGCCAUCAAGACAGAUCUAGAGGAAAACCCCAAGAAACAGAUCCAGGACCAGUUGAUAUCCUCAGUCAGGAGCUCUGUUCCAACAAGGAGGGACAGCGACUCUGAAGAGGAUUAAUUCCUAUACCAACGUGUAAGAUUGAUACAGUACAUUUUCAGCCAAAGCUCAUAUCCAAUAUACUGGACGAAACCCAGCUGUGACACCUUAAUCUUUCCACUGAGGGCUCUGUAUUACGGAAGAAUAGAUUUUCAAGAUAGCAGUUUUAUUAGCAAUUUCAAGCUUUUUAUCUGUUACAACUUUGUUUAAAAUCCAGAACAGUUUGAAAGACUUUUAUAAAUGGAGACACAGUAAAUCUUACCCCGCGUUUUGAAAAAUAGUUAUAGUAGGAAGAGUGAUCCUUUUUCCUCUUCUUUUGGUAAAUCUUUGUGACAGAGAGAGAGGCUUACAAGUUUAAGUACCAAAUGGACUGGUACAUAGUGUAUUGAUUUUAAGUAACUUAUAUUCAUGUAAAUAAAUUAUACAUAUCUAAGUUACAAUGCACCAUUUAUUGCAACAUUGCAGUAAGUUCGGGCUUCAGAGUCCUUUUGUUAGCCUGUUGUUUAUCACGAUGUCUAUUCUGGGCAUUGAGAGAGGCAAGCUUGCCUCCAGGACAGUCUCUGAUCUGUAGAAUACUCAGUUGACUAAGGCUAUAACUUUAUCAAAUUAGUGUAACUACCAAACUGGUGCCUCUUAUUCACAAUGGAAGUGAUGUUAAGAGUUACCAUUUUUUUUAUAUUAAAGUAAAAACUUUGCAUUCCAGCGUCUGCUACAAAUACUACUUGUUAAACUAGGAAGCCCUUGGAGUAGGAAAGAAAAAGUUAAAAUGCCAUCCUAAUUAUAGAUGUUUUGAAACUUAAGAAAGCUGCAUGGCUGUUUCAGAUUGGGCUUGCUGUCCACCUACACUUCUCAUUUGUCUACAUGUGUAUGCUAAUAAGCUGCACAUGACUAUGCUAACAAGCUGACCCAAAGACCUUUUGUUAUGUCGCUGAUGGAUUCUGUGGGAGUAUAGAAUUUAGCAUUUAAUAAGUAUAAAUCCUUUUGCUUUGCAUUGCAUUGAGAUUAGCCUCCAGAAGCUUUCAUCUUGGCUUCUUCAGCUUGAACCCUCUAUCUGAAUCAGUGGAACUUAUUUUAGUUCUGCUAUUUUAAAUAAAUUACAUAUUAGGUUGUAAGAUCUUGGUGCAGGGACUGUCUUCCUGUGGGGUUGAAUAGUGUCUAACUCAAGGGGACUCUGAUCUUUUGGUGCUACAAAUAAAGAACAAAGAUAUAAAAUUGCUCUUGGUCUCAAUAUUACCCGUGCAUUGUUGGGGUAUGGCCCCCUUCUUGUAUUAUAAAAGGUGAUUAGAAGUUCCUGAUUUACUUGUUUAAAAUUCCAACAUUAUCAGUUUUCACCCAAUUGAGUGAUCUGAUUGAACAUAAAAACUCAGUUGUAGAUUAAGCUUGUCUAUGCAAACAAACUUCUAUUAACACAAACACUGAAAUACUUCUCCUUGUAUCAGAUUAUUUGAGACCCGUCUGUGUACUUGACUGUUUUGUCUUUGCAUAUCUGGAGCAAUUCUUCUUACACCUUGUAUAGCACAGACAGGAUCUGUAUGUUGGAGAGAAAUUCUUCCAGUGUGUAUUGAAGAGCUUUGGUGCAUAAGUAUAAAUGUUGAUUGUGCAUCGUAUUUGAAAAGGGGAGUGGGAGGGUUUUAUAAAUGUCCAUCUGAAGUAAUAAAACAGCAGUAUACACAACA